AAAUGAUAUAAAUAUCGUACUCCAUUUAUUAAAUUAUCCAAAACAUAACCAUAGUUUAAGCAUACUUUCAAAUACCUAUAAUAAUUAUAAAUUGCAGUGAAAAUAUUAUUCAAGUUGAGAAAGAAAUUUAAAAAAAAUAAUCAAGAGAAAUGCGUCGAUUGGAUUGAUUUGGAUAGAUGCUGCUUGCUCCUCACUUAUCAGUUAUCACUGAUCACAUCACAAUUGUUUACCCCCAUUGAUUUCUGCGAGUUUCGAUCAUACCCUAAAUUCGUUGCCUGAAUUCCACUAUCAAUCGCUUGAAACAUCCAUGACAGGAGUAAUCGCUGGCCAUGACUGUAUAUCAGUGCAGUGCAUAUUGCAUUUGGUGAUGCCAACCUCAUCUGUGCUCCAUUUUCGUGUAAAAUUAUGGCUGCUAUGUUUUUGGUUAACAUCACGUAAUAAUCUUUACUAUUACAGAUUCCUUCCAUCCAUUGAAUAAAUGUUCCACUUUGACUCCGCCCAGAUGUUAAGAAAUGUAAAAGAAAAGUGGAUGCUAGUGGAAUGUGUCCCCUACUUUUAUAGUGUAAUUUAUAAUAAAAUGUAAGUGAAAUGAGCUAAAUGAUUGUGAAGUCUCAUUACCAGUAGUAAUAGUAAAAAGUGAAAUGAGACAUCUAAUGACGGACAUCCUAAAAUGACAAUAUGAGACAUUUAAUGGUGGACGGAAGGAGUAAUAUAUUUCAUAGUGUAUUUCCCUGCAUGUAUUCUCUGAUCAUGUACUGAAUGGUAUUUAUGUGAAGCCAAAGUACAGACACAUUCAUUGCCCUUCUGUGACCACAUUGAGUUGAAAUUGAUCACAAGGUGGCUAAAAGAGAUGGAGGAUCUAUAGUGCAUUUUUAUGUAUUUUGGAGUUGCCAGCUGUUAUGGAGAUGUUGGAUGAUUUAGGAGAUGAUGUGAUUGGUCCAAGAGGCCUGAUUAAGACGCGGGAGUUGGUACGAAUCAUUAUUCAAUGUUUAUAUGCUCUAGGUUAUAGCAAGUCUGCCGCCUGUUUGGAAUCUGAGUCCGGUAUUACAUGUAAGUCCCCCGAAUUUGAGUUAUUGGAAUCACUCAUUUUAGAUGGAAAUUGGGGUGAGUGCAUUGAGUGUCUUCACAAAAUAAAUAGCUUGGAUGAUGAGACAAGACCUUCAGUAUCUUUCCUCGUUCUUGAGCAAUGCUUGUUGGAAUGUUUGGAUUGUGGGAACAUAUCUCUGGCGUUGGACAUGAUGCGGAAACAGUUUUCAUCUUUGAAAAUUGGCGCAGAAAUAGUUCACAGACUUUCUUAUGAACUCCUCUCUUUGAAGGGAUUGAGGCUGGGUUGUAUUGAUAGUGAUUCAGUUCAGGACUUGCGAAAAAAAUUGCUCUCAAAUCUGGAAAAAGUUUUACCACCACCAAUUACACUACCUGAGAGAAGGCUGGAACAUUUGGUCGAAAUGGCUAUUUCUGCUUGGGUUGAUGGUUGCGUUUACCACACUUCAUCUGAUUCAGUAUCACUGUAUAGAGACCACCAUUGUGAUCGAGAUCAGUUUCCAACGGAGACCACUCAGAUAUUGACUAAUCAUCAACAUGAAGUAUGGUCUGUUCAGUUUUCAAACAACGGAGAGUAUUUGGCAUCAUCAUCAAGAGAUUGCACGGCCAUCAUAUGGAAGGUGCAGGAUGAUAAUAGAGUAACCCUGAGAUUCGUUUUACGUAGCCACGAAAAACCCGUUUCAUUUGUGGCAUGGAGUCCAGAUAACACCAUGCUGCUCACUUGCGGAAAUAGGGAAGUUCUUAAACUUUGGGAUGCGGAAACUGGCAUAUGUAGGCACACAUUCGGUGGGGAUGGUUUUGUUGUUAGUUGUUGUGCUUGGUUUCCUGAUUCCAAGCGCCUCGUCUGUGGCAGCUCAGAUCCUAAGAAGGGCAUUUACAUGUGGGACUGUGAAGGUAAUGAGAUUAAGGCAUGGAAAGGUAUGCGGAUGCCAAAGGUCCUUGAUAUUGCUGUGACUCCAGAUGGGGAAAAUCUCAUCAGCAUUUUCUCCGACAAAGAGAUAAGGAUAUUGAAUUUGGCAACCAAUGCUGAACGUGUUAUUUCUGAGGAGCACUCUAUCACCUCCCUUUCGGUAUCUGGAGAUAGCAACUACCUGAUUGUCAACCUUAAUAGCCAAGAAAUUCACUUGUGGGACGUUACCACAAAGUGGAUCAAACCGCGCAAGUAUAACGGCCACAUGCAACAGAAAUAUGUCAUUCGUUCCUGCUUUGGGGGUUUGAACAGUAUGUUCAUUGCCAGUGGCAGUGAAGAUUCCAAGGUCUACAUAUGGACCCGAAGAAGUUCUGACCCACUUGAGAUCCUGUCUGGCCAUUUGAAGACUGUAAAUUCCGUCAGCUGGAACCCGAGGCGACCCCAAAUGUUAGCUUCAGCAAGUGAUGAUAAUACAGUACGCAUAUGGGGCCCGUGUCGUUCCAAUAGAGCAGAAUGCGAUAACUUCACUGAGUAGUCUUGUGCAUAUGCAGAUUUUCUUCAAUACCAACAAAUUCACAUUUUUUUGCUUGUAAAAUAUCAGGUUGUUUCCUCUUUUUGGCGUGUAUAUUCUGAAUGGUCGUUUUGUUAAUGCCCUCUUCCUUUUCGUCCCCUAUUUCUUUCAAAUUUUUUUUAGAAUUACUAGGGUCUGUUUCUCUAAUUGUUCGUCUAUAGAUCUGUACUUAUGAUUGAUGAUGGAUUGUCGGAAGUAUUUUAAGUAAUAGCCUUUUUGUUUUA